CUUAAUAUGUAUUGUAUUGUUCCUUUGGAUUCUCAUGCAGCCAUUCUUAGUCAUGAUGAAUGAUGGAUAUUCUUGACAUUGUGUUUUGGGGCAUUAUUGGAUUGAAAGAGGCGAGACUGCUUCGCCUAUGGCACAAAACACACUUGUAGAGAACAAACAGCCCUUGUGGCUGUUUUCUGCAGAAGAAAUAGCUUCCAUUCCACCUUAUGAGAAACAAUUUGUUAGAAAAUUGGCAGCUUAUAUCAUCGUGUGCUCGGAAUGGCUAUCACUUCCACUACCUGUGGCCCACUAUGCAGUUGUUUUAUUAACAAGAUACGAUAUGUUAUACGAUUUAGAACCAAGAACAGAGGCCCCUUAUAUUGCAGCUGCUUGUUUGUUUCUGGCUUGUAAAGUACAAGAGACACACAAAAGACUCCGUGACGUGGUGUUCUGGACGGUGAAAGUUCGUACAAGGAAAUCAAGAGAUUAUCCUGGAGGAGAAGAAGUUUUGGAAGGAAGUGUUCGUUAUGUCGAAGAAAAGGAGAAUUUGCUGUCCGCUGAGAGGGAUGUCCUGAGAUGUCUUCAUUUUGAUAUAUUCUUGGAAACUCCUCACAGCAGCAUCGUACAAUUAGCCAAGAUAUAUGGAAAUACGAGAGAAAACCAAAGAAUGUUGGCACAGUUUGCUUUAAAUGUGCUACACGAUACUUAUGUUUCUAUUCCAUUCCUUCAUAUUCGUUAUCGUGCCAAGGAGAUUGCCACAGCUUUGGUUGCUUUUGCUGCAGCUAUGUAUGAUUAUGCUCUGCCAGAUAAGACAAUUGAAAAUGGUCAAAGUGGACAAAAUGAAAGUAGGUUGGUGGCGUUUCAUGAAUACUUUCAAGUAAACCGCAUCGUGUUGAAUGAAAUAUGGAAACGAGUAUUGGACUGUUAUGAACCAGAAUAUUCUUCAGAAGAUAAAACCAAUUCUUUGUCAAAGGAAGAAAACAGACAUAGAUAAGUAUUUUCAUAAGGUGGCCAUUAAAAAUAAAGUUAUCUUGUAUAACUUUUUGAAGUGAAUAUCGAACCCAAAUGAUGACGAUCU